UGAAGGAGGGAAACGCCAAACCCUAAACCAAAGCCAUGGACCUCACACCACCGGACCUGAACCCAGCCAAGAGGUCGAGGCCAAACAGCCCCGAGCUACCAGAUUAUGCAAUUGAUAUCAUGCGCCAUGUAGAUAUCAAUGAACGAAGACUCUAUUGCAAAAGGGCAGAGGAGAUCAAAAACAGGUGGUUGGAAGGGAUGGGGAAAAUUGCUUCUUCUUAUCCAAAGGAAGUCUUACACAGUGGGCCAAAAUUUGAUCCUUCAAAACCUUUGCCAAAGGGAUAUGCAUGGACUUCUUACCGCCCUAAGAGUGACCAUAAAGCUUUUGCUGUUAAGAUGCAUUGCAUUGGUUGCGGCCUGGGUUUGGAUCACUGGCCUGAUGACUGCCCAGAAAAGGGUACUGAAGAGUACGAGAGGAAUUUCGCCAUACUUCUUGAGCCUAAUUCUGAUUCUGAUGAUGAUGAGACCGAGACCGAGACUGUGACCGUGUAGUGUUCUGUUCUCUGGAUGAGUCUUAUUUUAACUGUCUACUACUUAUCCCUCCAUGAUGUUAAUAAUCUUAUGAUCUACCCAAGUCAUCUGGAUAUUGGGAACUUGGUUGCAGUCUUGUGUUUGUGAACUAGUCUAAAAACCUAUGCUUAUUUAUUAUAUAACUUGUAAGAGUAUUCUGGCACCGUCUAAUGUAAUAUACGUUGUGGCAAUGUAUUACCUUGUUUAAUGAUA